AUGGUUAGAAAAACAAGAAGUGAUAAAAAAGAUACAAUCUGUAAAUGUUGUGGUCAUGAAUGUUCAACACCCCAAAAACUUCGUGAGCAUCUUAAGCGAAAAAAUCUAUGUAAACCAUUACAAGAUAAAAAGGAUAUAGCUCCUAUUCAAGUGUCUAUUCAAGAGGUUAACCAAGAUAAUAAUCAAGGAAAAGUGCAAGUUCAAACUUCCGUAGUCCAUGCUCAAAAAAGAGAUCAUCAAAGAAAAAAGGUACAAGCGGUUAACCAAACACCAAAUGAAGUAACUGGUGAAGAACGUAUUUUGCCAACAACAUUAAAAAAUUGUCAGCUUCUACAUCAUGAUCUAUUACAGGCUGAUGAUGAGGCUUUUGAAAAGGUUCAAAUUGAUUCUAAAGCCAGCCCUGGUCCAGCAAGCCAAGCUAAUAGAGAAAAAGCAAAUAAUGAAGAAUUUAGACGUUUGAGAAAAAUUACUGAAGAAGAACAAGAAAGAAAUCUAGAAUUUAGGGAGCAAGAAGAAUUAGGCACGGCACUUAAAAGAAGAGCUAUAGCCGUACAUCAUGCAAAAGUUCCCAAAUUCUAUCCAGAUAAUGGUAGUGAUAUACGAAAAAUGUUAAAGAGUAAAAGGAAGCAGUUUAGAGAAAUACUUGAAAAAAAAUUUGAUAAGCGUGGACAAUUUAAAUUCGCUCUAUAUUCUCUUACUAAAUUUCUUAUAGAUGAUAAACCUGGAAAUGAAAAUCAGGGAAAAAAGAAUUCACGAAUUGACUGGCUUAGAAAUAAGCAAAUUAUAGUUUAUAAUAGAGAUGAAAUAGAUAAUUACUUAAGCAAUACUUUCGAACAAAUUCUAUACCAAGUGGAGGAGAGAGGAG